CCUCUUUUAUGUUUAUUUAUAAAGCGCGUUUGAGGGCACUUCCUCGGUAUGUGUGGGGUCAUGCGAUACUCCCCAUUGUGGAUCCAUAAAUGAAUGGUGGGCUCGACCUCUACACACGAUCCCUGAUUGGUUCCCGCGUCCGAAUGAGAUAAACACAGCCGCGGGUAUAUAUAUAUAAAUGUAUAUAUAUUGUGGCAAGAUGUGAGGUGUUAAGGAACUCCACUGACACUUUUACGCACACGUCAAGAUGAGAGCACAGAUCCAAAAGGCUCCUCAGAUCCUGGAGCUUCUUAAAAAGAAGUCUGUAGGGCUUCAGCACUGCAAGACCACAUCCUCGGUGUGCGUGCUCGACUCGAAAGAUGCUGCGGUGAGCGCGCCCUGCGCGCACAGCCUCGACUCCAUCCCUGGACCAACCAGCUGGCCGCUAUUUGGCAGCCUCAUCGAGCUCCUGCGCAAAGGAGGUUUAAAAAAGCAACACGAGGCACUGAUCGAUUACCACAAGAAGUUUGGAAAGAUCUUCCGGAUGAAGCUUGGCUCGUUUGAUUCGGUGCACAUCGGCGCUCCGUGUUUAUUAGAGGCGCUUUACCGGAAAGAGAGCAGCUAUCCACAGCGACUGGAGAUCAAACCAUGGAAAGCUUACAGAGAUAUGCGCGACGAGGCUUACGGACUGCUCAUAUUGGAGGGGAAAGACUGGCAGCGGGUGCGCAGCGCAUUCCAGCAGAAACUGAUGAAACCGACUGAAGUCAUGAAACUGGACGGGAAAAUAAACCAAGUUUCUGCUGAUUUCAUCAAGAGGAUUGGGAAAGCGCAUGUCAAUGGCAAGAUCGACGAUUUGUAUUUCGAACUGAACAAGUGGUCCUUUGAAACGAUUUGCUAUGUGCUCUAUGACAAACGUUUCGGGCUCCUGCAAGAAAGCGUCAGCAAGGAGGCCAUGGAUUUUAUCACAGCAAUCAAGACGAUGAUGAGUACCUUUGGAAUAAUGAUGGUGACACCAGUGGAGCUUCAUAAGAGCUGGAAUACGAAAACGUGGCAAGACCACACAGAGGCGUGGGACUGUAUUUUUAGCACAGCAAAACUGUACAUUGACAAGAAACUGAAGAGGCACUCAAACGGCGAAGCGGACGACUUCCUGUGUGAUAUCUACCACCAUAGUCACCUCACCAAGAAGGAGCUGUACGCCGCAACAACAGAACUCCAGAUCGGAGGAGUGGAAACAACUGCCAAUAGCAUGUUGUGGGCUAUUUUCAACCUCUCACGUAACCCCAGCGCACAAGGCAAUCUUCUGAAGGAGAUCCAAGCUGUGGUUCCAGCUGGGCAGACUCCAUGUGCUGAACACAUCAAGAAAAUGCCCUACCUCAAAGCCUGUCUGAAGGAGUCCAUGAGACUUUCACCUUCAGUGCCGUUCACUAGCCGUACUCUACACAAAGACACUGUGUUGGGCGAUUACACUCUACCUAAAGGCACUGUACUGAUGAUCAACAGUCAGGCUAUUGGUUCAAACGAGGAGUAUUUCAACAAUGGAAAGCAGUUCAGACCAGAACGCUGGCUUCAAGACAAAAACACCAUCAACCCCUUUGCACACGUGCCCUUUGGGAUAGGAAAGAGGAUGUGCAUUGGCCGCCGCCUCGCCGAACUGCAGAUCCAACUGGGUUUAUGCUGGAUUCUACGCGAUUAUGAGAUUGUGGCCACAGACAACGAGCCCGUAGACGCGUUGCAUUUAGGAAAUCUGGUUCCGAGUCGAGAACUUCCUGUUGCUUUUAUCCCCCGAUGAGGUACCAACAUUAACCAUUAAUGACUUCAAAUCAGUGGAUCGGAAACACCAAGAGGCAUUCAUGCUGCUAUAAAUAACAGAAUGUACCUGUUUCACACUUAUACCUCCAACUUUAAAUGUACAAAUAUUUUUUUACAAGUAGUAAAUAUGAUUGUUCUAUUUAUAUAGUUUAUGAAAAUGACAGUAUAAAAGACAUAUUUAUGGUGUUCUCGUAAUUGUUGCUAUAACUAUAACUUUAAAAUUAUUAUAAAUAUCUACGCAAUUUAGUACUUAAAUUGUUCCAUGUACAGUAUUAUGUAAAAUUACUAUUUUUAAUACAAAAAAGUGUGUAGAAAUGUUUUAUUUUUCUUUAUAAAACACAAAUGCAACAUUGUAUUUAUAUAUAGU